UCCCCACCUGUCUCUUCGUUUUCCUACUUAACUUCGUAGAGAAGCCACCGAUUCUCACUUUCCCCCUCUCAUAGCAACUCAGUUAAGCUGGCACUACACGCAAGAAAGAAAGAAUCCGAAUUGAAUCAUUAGAAGCUGAGAAAUUAAUUCACACAGAUCAUAGUAGCCAUAAUGGGCGUGCCUUCGUUCUAUAGAUGGUUGGUUAACAAAUAUCCCAAGGUCGUGCAAGACGUGGUGGACCCCACCAUGCAAGAAGACCCAAAUGGAGUGAAGUUUGGUAACUUGUAUCUUGACAUGAAUGCAAUCAUCCACCCAUGUUUUCACCCCGAAGAUGAUGACAAUAUUCCAUUUCCUACAACGUUCCAAGAUGUGUUCAGGAAUGUGUUUGACUACAUUGAUCGGCUUGUUGAAACUGUUAGGCCUUCGAAGCUCCUUUACAUGGCUAUUGAAGAGGCUCUGUGUUUCUCGUGCAUAGACGGGGUUGCACCACGUGCCAAAAUGAAUCAACAAUGAUCAAGGCGUUUUCGAGCUGCCAAGGACAAUGAAAUUCAAGAAGCUGAGGAAGAGAGGCUAAGGAGACAAUUCGGAAUGAAAAGGAAACAAGUUCUUCCUAAACAGCAAUCUGAUGUGUCAGAUUCAAAUAUCAUAACACCUGGCACUGAGUUCAUGCAUGAACUAUCUAAGGCCCUUAAAAGCUACAUCUCUUCAAGGAUAACCUCUAACUCAUUAUGGAAGGAUAUUAUGGUAAUUCUUUCUGAUGCUAAUGUUUCUGGAGAAGGGGAACAUAAGAUUAUGUCAUACAUAAGGAAACAGCUUAGUCUUGAGGGAUACAAUCCAAAUACCAGUCACUGCUUAUAUGGCUCAGAUGUUGAUCUUAUAAUGCUGGCAAUGGCAACUCAUGAGCCCCAUUUUUCAAUAUUAAGAGAGGAUGUACCAAUACAGCGGCAGCACUCAAAAGAUGCCGCUAAGCCUUUCAAGGGGGCUAUUGAUUUGCUAAUGACUGUUUACAAGAAAGAAUUCAAUAAACUUGGAGGAUAUCUUGUGGACAUGAGCAUGAGCAGAAUUGGGGAGAAAAAUGCUGCUUUCUUGAAGUUAUCCAGACUUGAAAAAUUUAUACUUGCUGUUGGUGCAUAUGAAGAGAAAAUCUUUAAGAAAAGAUCUGAAAUACGAGAAAAAUAUCUGCGAAGGUUUAUUAGAGAUAGUGAGGAUGCUAAGCAGGACGAAGAAAAUGCAACAUGUUACUCAGAUCUUGAUGAAGAAAAUACUUCUGAUUGUACUCUUCUGAUUAAGUCUGUUUUGGUCAACAAUGUUUCAGCUACACAUGCUGAAUAUCAGAUUGAGCAGAACACAAAGGAUUUGAAAGACGAAUUGAAGAUAUGUAUUAGAGAAAAAUGUGACUUGUUUCAGAGCGGGAAUUUCCUAACAGACAAGAUAAAAUUGGGAACAACUGGUUACAAAGAAAGAUAUUAUAAAGCAAAGUUUUCUGUAGAGGGACCUACCGACAUUGAGUGCAAAAGAAAAGAAAUAGUGUGUGUUUCUUCACACAACUUUGCCAGCUGCUUUCAUGUUUGGUUUUGUUCUUUUCCCUUCUCAUUAGACAUGCACUAGCAGAGUACCUUUUGCUAGUCAACUUUCAAUGGUGGUGGUGAUAGAUUGCAAUUUAAUUGUAGGUCCAGAAGUACACGGAAGGUUUGGUGUGGGUUCUUCAAUACUAUUUUUCAUCAGUUGCUUCAUGGACAUGGUUUUAUCCAUUCCACUAUGGUCCAUUUGCUUCUGACUUAAAAGGCAUGGGUCAGGUGAGAGUAAAAUUUGAAAAAGGUGUCCCAUUUUUACCACGUGAUCAACUUUUAAGUGUCCUUCCCCCAGCAAGGAAAAUGAGGCCAUAAGAAAUUCAGUCAAAGCUGAUAGCUUGUUUGUUAGAAGUGCUAGCGAAUUAGCUGAGAAAUUUGGUUCUCUUUCUCUAGACACAAACCCACCAUGCAAAUUAGAAACAAUAAGCAGUGACGGCAUUGGGGGUAACAUAAGUCUUUGUGACGAGUUCAUUGAGAAGCCUUGCUUGGACAUUUGCGACAACAAAAAAGAAGACAGUGUCUUAUGUGUCUAUUACGAGCUUCCGGCUGGUAGUAAUCAUAUUCCUCGUUUACUUUCGGAUGUGAAGCUUCCAGAAAAGACAAUCUUUGAAAUUGACAUUAUGGAAACAGAACUCUGGCAUGAACCUCAGAAAUAUUAUAGUCGUUUUGAGAGGGUGCAAAAUCAAGACAAGUGGAGGAGUGAAAACACAAGCAAUACUUCAAGGUUUCCCCCCAAUGCAAGUAACCAACAUGCAAGAAGCUUUGUUUACAAAGAUGCUGGUGUUGGAUUGGGUUCGGGUAGAGGGA